AUGGCCACAACCGACGCGCUCCUCUCCCUCUCCUCCCGCUCCGUCGUCGUCCACCCUCUCGUGCUCCUGUCCAUCCAAGACCACCUCGCCCGCGUCGCCAAGGGCACGCACAAACGAGUCGUCGGCAUCCUCCUCGGUCAGGACAAACCCGGUGCAGGCCGUAUCAACGUCGCCAAUUCGUUCGCCGUCCCCUUCGAAGAGGAUGACAAGGAUCCUAGGACCUGGUUCCUCGAUCACAAUUACAUCGAGGCCAUGAAUGACAUGUUCAAAAAAGUCAAUGGUCAGUGCUCGGCUCGACUAGCGAGAACACCCCACGCACGCUUCCCACCUCCUGCAUGAUCACGGCACCGAAGACUGACCCUCCCAGUCGUGCCGACCUAUACAGCAAGCGAAAAGCUGAUCGGGUGGUACCACACCGGCCCCAAGUUGCGCUCGUCCGACCUCGAGAUCAACCAGGUGAUCAAACGCUACACCCCGAAACCGGUCAUGGUCAUCGUCGACGUACGACCCGACUCGGAACGAGCAGGCGGAGUCGGCAUCCCGACGGAUGCUUAUUUUGCUGUGGAGGAGAUCAAGGAUGUGCGUUCGAUAGUUUGGGGGUACGGGGUACCGUGUUCGGUAGUGCGUCGACUGCAGAAAGCUGAUCCCGAGCAAGGCACUCCCCGCCGGCUUUCGUGCCCCUGCAGGACGGAACGGCGACGCAACAAACCUUCCUGCACGUCCCUUCCUCGAUCGAAGCCGAAGAAGCCGAAGAGAUAGGUGUCGAGCAUCUGCUGCGAGACAUCAAGAACCUCUCCGUAGGCACAUUGUCCUCGCGCGUAUCGGACCAACUCUCCUCUUUGAGGGGUCUCCAAUCCCGUCUGAACGAAAUCAAGGAUUACCUCCAAGCCGUCGUGGACGGGGUCUUGCCCGUCAAUCAUCAGAUCAUCUACAACUUGCAGGAUAUGUUCAACUUGUUGCCGAAUGUGGAUGCGGCCGAGACGGCCGGACAAGGGGAAGCGGGAACGAGGAGACCUUUCACGGUCGCGACGAACGAUCAAUUAUUGGUCAUGUAUCUGUCGUCGUUGAUUAGGGCGGUGAUUGCGUUGCAUGAUUUGGUGGGUCCUUUUCUUCGUUUGGGCGAGAAAGGGGACUGCAGUUGACACUGCGAUGUCCAUGUGUUGCUUUGCAGGUCUUGAACAAACAGGCCGCCGCGUCCGAACAAAAAGGCGAUGCCAACGACGACGACACGCCCGAAUUGACCGAGGAAGAGAAGAAGAAGGCUGAAGAGAAGGCCAAGCAGGAUGCCAAGAGUGAUUCACAAAAGGCGAGGGAAUGGUUCGGUGGCGGAAAAGAGGACAAGGGGGAGGGGGAUAUGGAGAAUCAAAAGGGGGGGAAGGGGGAGAAGGAUGGGAAGGGGCUGUGA